AUGUGCAACUGUUGUAAUAAACCAUUAUUUCCUUCUUGUAUUUCUCAAGAAUCAACCCUUCCAAAAAAUUCGAAUAGAAUGAAAAUUUCACUACGCUUGUCAACACGUCGUUACCCUUAUACGUAUAAGAAUACCAAUGCUUUUUGUCGGCCAAUGAAUCUAAAUAAAAAACUUGAUACGAUUAUGACGAAUAUUACAACAAUAAAUGAAAAACGGAAACAUGUUAGUGAUGGAUUAAUUGUUCAGAAGAAUACAUUGCAAUGUCUAAAUCAAGAAUGUUUAUUAUUAAAAAUGAGCUGUGAACAAACAAAUGCUUGUAUUAAAAAAAUGAAAUCUGAUCAAGAUGAAUGUGAAAAAAGACUUCAACAAAUCACACAACUACUUGAAGAUCUUCAUUAUAUAAGUUAUGAUGGUACACUUAUAUGGAAAAUUACAAAUAUUGAUCAAAAAUUUGCUGAAGCUCAAUCCGGAAAACAAACUUCAAUUGAAUCACCAGUAUUCUAUUCAUCACCAUAUGGUUAUAAAAUGCGUGCUCGUUUAUUUUUAAAUGGAGAUGGUGAUGGUGAAGGUACACAUAUGUCUAUAUUUCUCGUUCUUUUUAAAGGAGAUUAUGAUGCUAUUAUUUGGUGGCCAUUUUAUAUUCCUGUUAUAUUUUGUCUCUUUGAUCAAACUGGUCAAGGUCAUCAUAUCAUUGAUUCAUUCGAUCCUGAUACAAAAUCAAGUAGUUUUCAAAGGCCAACUUCUGAAAAGAAUAUUGCUAGUGGUAUACCAAAAUUUUGUCCUUUAGCAGUUAUUAAAAAUCAAGAAAACUGUUAUAUUCGAGAUCGUACAAUGUUUAUCAAAAUUAUGCUGGAUUUUGGUGAAACACCUAGAGAAGUUUUACCAUGUACGUUGAGUGUUAAUCCUGGUUUACCAACAUACAUGCAAGAAGCUAUACGUUGUAUGGAAAUUGAAAAAUAUAAGCAAGCUCGAGAAGCACUUAUUGCAGAAAUAAUUCGAAAUGAUCAAGAAAUAUUACGACGUGGCUUAAUUCCUAUGAAUCGAUCGGUCCUAUCAGAAACUACACAACAACAAUCAACUUCAACAGCAAACUUCCAUGGUGGUGCAUCAUGGGAAGAUAUAUCACCUGAAUAA